AUAGCAAACAAGUAAGCAGCCAACGCGGGUGGCUUCUGCAUUGUGCUUGGAGCUUGUUUCAUCAGGAGAAAAUAAACAAUGCUCUUUUUACAGAAGAGAAUGUUUCCUUUCUCCAUCCCUGCAAGUUCAAUACUUUUUCUCCUCCUCCUUCUCACAUUUCAACCAGUCAGCUCAUCCCAACAGCCCUACAAAAACGAAAACUUCAAUACAAGCAAGAAAGACCACAGCCAGAAGAUGAGUUCCAGCCUACUGUUUGAUAUCACACUCCAUGGAUUUCUCCUAUGGGCUUCUAUGGGGUUCCUUAUGCCUGUUGGGAUACUUGUUAUCAGAAUGUCUAGCAGGGAGCAAUGUGGAAGAAGGCUGAAAUUUUAUUUCUACAUUCAUACAAUUCUACAGAUACUCUCUGUAUUACUAGUCACAGCAGGAGCAGUCAUGUCUAUCAAGAAAUUCAACAAUGCUUUCAAUAAUAGUCAUCAAAGGAUAGGGAUUGGCCUAUAUGGGAUGAUCUGGUUACAGGCGUUGAUUGGAAUUGUAAGGCCAAAGAGGGGCUCUAACACAAGAAGCCUAUGGUUUUUUAUACAUUGGAUGCUGGGCACUGCAGUAUCUCUCCUAGGAGUCUUCAAUGUAUAUUCAGGAUUAUUUGCAUACCAUGAGAAAACAUCUCGAAGUAUACGAAUUUGGACUAUAAUUUUCACUGUUGAAAUUUCUUUGAUUUCAUUCUUUUACCUAUUCCAAGACAAACUGGAGUAUAUACAAAAGCAAGGAGUUAUUUUGGGGAAUGAUUUGAUAACACCUACCGAUCAAGUGCUCUCUCCAAAUGACAAGCAAAAGGAGCUGACUACUGAUCCUUGCUGAAGGAGUAAAUAGAUUUGUCAGAAGCUUGCUUUCACUAACACGAGAUUGUUGUCAUUCUUCUUACUCAUAUCUCUCCUCUUAUUGGGAUUUGUAUAGGGAAAGAGUGUGGUAUUUUGCGAGAGAUGAAAUCUGGGCUUGCAGGAGCUAUUUUCUGAUGUGGUUUUUCUGUUUUCUAUCACAGAUUUGAACCUAAUGAAUACAGAGGUUUUGAAGAA